GCUGACAGGCUGCCCACAGAUGGGCAGGAGUCAUGGUUGCUCUGCGGUGCCGGAUCACAAUGCUGAAGUUGGUAGGUGGUUUGUUACUUGCUGGGCUGCUGACACACAUACUCGGCUGGUAUAGUACAAUCGGAAGUCGGGCUCGAUUACAGCGGCGCCAUUUCGUUAAUGACAGAGGACCUGUGCUUGGAUCAGAGCUCAGCAAUCUCUUCUGGGCUGUGCAGGUGACUGAUAUCCAUGUGUCUAAAUUUCUGGAUCCCUUAAGAGUCACCGAGUUUGAAGCCUUCUGCAUGGAAAGCCUCCCUGUCAUCAAUCCUGCUCUGGUUCUAGCCACAGGUGACCUCACUGAUGCCAAGACCAAGGAUAGACUGGGCUCAGACCAGUUUGAGGACGAGUGGAAGGUUUACCAAUCUGUAUUGAAGAAGUCAGGGAUAUUGAAAAGAACAAAAUGGAUCGAUAUAAGGGGGAACCAUGAUUCAUUUAACAUUCCAGACUUGAGAAGCAUCAAGAAUUUCUACAGGAAAUAUUCAGCAUGGCAAAAAGAAGGUUCCUUUCAUUAUGUCCACGAUACUCCCUUCGGAAACUACUCCUUCAUUUGUAUUGAUGCUACGCUCACUCCAGGCCCUAAGCGGCCUUAUAACUUCUUUGGUAUCAUAGAUAAGGAACAAAUGCACACACUUUCCAGACUGGCUAUGGAGAGCCACUACAGCAACCAGACAGUGUGGUUUGGCCACUAUCCCACUUCCACCAUUGUCUCUGUUUCUCCCGGGGUCCGGGCUGUAAUGAGUUCAGCUGUGGCAUAUAUGUGUGGGCACCUGCAUACUCUGGGAGGUAUUGCACCUGUUCUGCACAGUCAGCACAAGCAGGGAACCCUUGAGCUGGAGCUUGGAGACUGGAUGCAUAAUAGAAGAUAUCGCAUCUUUGCCUUUGACCAUGACCUCUUCAGCUUUGUGGAUCUAGUGUACAAUGAUUGGCCAGCAAUCCUCAUUACUAAUCCCAAGUCUGCCCUCUACUCCAACCCUGCUCAGGAACCUACAAGGAGGAUUCUGCAUUCCACUCAUAUCAGGAUCCUGACAUUCUCCACCAGUCCUAUCACUUCAGUCCGUGUCUCAAUAGAUGGUUCUGAGCUGGGCGAAGCUUCCCUAUCAUCUGGCCCUCUCUACACCUUAAAAUGGAACCCUGAUAACUACCAGACUGGGAUUCAUGAGAUCAGCGUCGUGGUCCAGGAUGCAGACGGAAGAAGCCAAACAAGAAGCCACCUGUUCAGUCUAGAAGAUGGCAUAUCUCUUGGCUUUCCUUUGAUUCCAUCUUUAAUUCUUCUUACCGACCACUACAUAUUGGCACAAGUGCUGUUUUUCCUCUCGGUGCUGAGCCAGAUCAUCCUGCUAAUUAUUUUCAGAUACAAGAGACGACCAAUUCUUAGGGGCCCUCAAGGAUUCAUUGCUCUGACAUCCUUCUCUAUGCAUGUGCUGAGCAAAACCAAUCUUUUCUUCUACUCCGUCCUGCUGCUCAGCAUUUACACAGCAGUGGGCCCCUGGUUUGUUGGUGAGAUUAUUGACGGCCAUAUUGGAGUGUGCUUUGCCUUUGGAGUCAUUGUUGGUGGGAAUUUCGUUCAAGGAAGCCUGACUUACUUUGUUGCAAUAACACAGAUGGUAUUUUUUAACGUUCCUAUGACGGCUUAUCUGUGCUGGUGCCUAUUUCUCCGAUGCAAAGGUCAUGGAUUCUGCUCCCAUUUCCGACACAGCAGGAAAAUCGUGUGCCUCCCCGUCUAUCUAUUUGUCAUCCUGAUUUUCGCAUGGCAAAUGUAUUCCUGCAUCUUCCUGGCAAUGACCUACGGGACUUUAGCAGCCUUCCUCUCUCCCAUGUCAGAUUUCAAAAUUGAAUAUAAAAAAAUCUGUUUGCACUUUUGAGCAUUGGAUUUCAGUGCAGAAUUCUGCUGGAGCAGCACUAUUAACUGAUGUGUUUUGAAAAAAAAAAACAUGUUUUCCCAUGACAGUAUCCCUUUAAAGGUGUGCCUUAUGUACAGGAAAGGUAUUCCUUUUGCACUCAGGCAGUUACGCUACCACAAACUGUACAUAAUAGCACGUGUUUGCAUUGCACUUUAGACCCUCUUUAGCCACUACAGAUUUUAUUUUCAUCAACAAUGAAGGACGCUCCCUGCUCUGGCUGCAACAAUGUCAUAUUUCAAAGUCAAUCACAAAAACCUGCAGAGGAUUGAAGACUGGCAGCUGCCUGCUAUAAAUGUUUUUCUGGGUUAUGAAUAGUUUUUAAAGUUUUAAAAAAAAAAAAAAGAAAAUAGACUAAAAUAUUGUGAUUAUUCAUUAGCCCUCUGGUUUAUGCUGAUGCACGUUCCUUACAUUAAAGAAUAUGGGUUGGGCCGCAGUUUUGUUGCAGUGGUAUAGUGAAUAAAGUACCCCCUAUUGUAAAAUAUAAGGAUAUUAGAAGUCACAGAGGAGUUCCGUGACCAUAUAAAGGCACAAGGCCGAAGGCAGAGUGUUUUUAUACAGGUCAUGGAACUCGAAUAUCCUCAUUUUCCAACAAGGGAUACUUUAUUUAUUAUAAUACACAAGUUUUAGUGAGUCGUGUGACCAAAAUGACAUCACUACUCACCGUUUAUAACUGAUGACAUCACUAGUCACCGUUUAUAAGGAAAUCAUUUAUAAGAUAUUCAUGGCUUUUGUGUAUUAUAAUUCACAUAUUGUCAUCACUGAAAACUGCAUGAAUGUGACGUCUGAGCAGCCACUCACAGUAGUCACUCCAACUACAUUUACAAAUACAGGAGAUGAAAGAGAGGCAUAUGUUAAGCCUGGGAGUCUAAUUAUUGCUCAUAACGACAAUGACAUGAAUUGUAGAGAAACACUUGGGCCCAUUGGGAACUUGUACAAAAUAUUGAAGCUGCUGACGUUUAGCGUUGUUAAAUGUGAAGUAUAGAUUUACCACUAUUAUACAAUCAUAACAGAAUUCUAGAUCAGUGUUUUUGAAUUAAAAUUAAAAAAAA